GUCUGAAUGAAGCGGCCGGCCCGGCGCGGCCCCGCAAGAUGGACGGCUUCGCCGGCAGCCUGGAUGACAGUAUCUCUGCAGCAAGUACUUCCGAUGUUCAAGAUCGCCUGUCAGCUCUGGAGUUACGAGUUCAACAACAAGAAGAUGAAAUCACUGUGCUGAAGGCUGCUCUGGCCGAUGUUCUGAGGCGCCUUGCAAUCUCAGAAGACCAUGUAGCCUCAAUGAGGAAAUCAGGCCCGAGUAAAGGUCAGUCAGGCCUUCGAGAAGCUAUUUCCAUGUCCUGCAUAACCAAUGGAAGUAGUGGCGCAAACAGAAAACCAAGUCAUACCAGCUCUGUCUCAGUUGCCAAAAAGGAAACUCUCUCGUCUGCUGCUAAAAGCAUUAAACGACCAUCAACAGCUGAAAAGUUACAUAAUUCAUGGGAAAAUUCAGAUGAUGGUCGUAAUAAGUUACUGAAGACUGUUCCAACAGCAAAAUUAAUAUCAAAGAUUAUAAAAAACAUAGACAAGCACAAAGAUGUUAUCGUCAACCAAGAGGGAGAAUAUGUUAAAAUGUUCAUGCGAGGCCGGCCGAUCACAAUGUUCAUUCCUUCGGAUGUCAGCAACUAUGAGGACAUCCGGACCGAACUACCUUCUGAGAAGCUCAGACUGGAGUGGGCAUACGGUUAUCGAGGCAAAGACUGUCGCGCUAAUGUCUACCUUCUCCCUACUGGGGAAAUGGUCUAUUUCAUAGCAUCUGUGGUGGUUCUGUUUGACUAUGAGGAGAGGACUCAGCGGCACUACCUGGGCCACACGGACUGUGUGAAAUGCCUUGCUAUCCAUCCUGACAAAAUUAGAAUUGCAACAGGACAGAUAGCUGGAGUGGAUAAAGAUGGACGGCCUUUGCAACCCCACGUCAGAGUGUGGGAUUCUUUCAGUCUGUCGACACUGCAGAUUAUUGGGCUGGGCACGUUUGAGCGUGGAGUAGGAUGCCUGGACUUCUCUAAAGCAGAUUCAGGUAUUCACUUAUGUGUUAUUGAUGACUCCAAUGAACAUAUGCUUACUGUAUGGGAUUGGCAGAGAAAAUCAAAAGCAGCAGAAAUAAAGACAACAAAUGAAGUCGUCCUGGCUGUGGAAUUCCAUCCAACAGAUGCAAAUACCAUAAUAACAUGUGGCAAAUCUCAUAUAUUUUUCUGGACCUGGAGUGGAAAUUCACUAACAAGAAAACAGGGAAUUUUUGGGAAAUAUGAAAAGCCCAAAUUUGUGCAGUGUUUGGCGUUCUUGGGGAAUGGAGAUGUCCUGACCGGAGACUCAGGUGGAAUCAUUCUUAUAUGGAGCAAAACUACUCCCGAGCCCACACCUGGGAAAGGGCCUAAAGGUGUCUACCAGAUCAGCAAGCAGAUCAAGGCUCACGAUGGUAGCGUGUUCACGCUCUGUCAGCUGAGGAGCGGGGCACUGCUCACCGGAGGGGGCAAAGACCGGAAGAUCAUUCUGUGGGAUCAUAAUCUGAGCCCCGAAAGGGAGAUAGAGGUGCCUGACCAGUACGGAACCAUCAGAGCAGUUGCAGAAGGACGGGCAGACCAGUUCCUAGUGGGCACGUCGAGGAACUUCAUCUUGCGGGGAACCUUUAAUGACGGCUUCCAGAUAGAAGUGCAGGGCCACACAGAUGAACUUUGGGGUCUUGCUACGCAUCCCUUCAAAGAUUUGCUCCUGACGUGUGCUCAGGACAGACAAGUGUGCAUGUGGAACUCCGUGGAGCACAAGCUGGAGUGGACACGGCUUGUGGAUGAACCAGGACACUGUGCAGAUUUUCACCCAAGCGGCACGGUAGUGGCCAUAGGAACGCACUCGGGCAGGUGGUUUGUUCUGGAUGCAGAGACCAGAGACUUGGUCUCCAUCCACACGGACGGGAACGAGCAGCUGUCAGUGAUGCGCUACUCUACAGAUGGCGCCCUCCUGGCUGUGGGAUCACAUGACAACUUUAUUUACCUCUAUGCAGUCUCGGAAAACGGCAGAAAGUACAGCAGAUAUGGGAAGUGCUCAGGCCAUUCCAGCUACAUCACACACCUGGACUGGUCUCCAGACAACCAGUUCAUCAUGUCCAACUCGGGAGACUACGAGAUCCUCUACUGGGACAUCGAACACGGCUGCAAGCUCAUCAGGAACCGGUCUGACUGUAAGGACAUCGACUGGACCACGUACACAUGCGUGCUGGGCUUCCAGGUGUUCGGGGUGUGGCCAGAAGGGUCCGAUGGGACAGACAUCAACGCACUGGUGCGCUCUCACAACAGGAAGGUGAUUGCCGUGGCCGAUGACUUCUGCAAGGUCCACCUGUUCCAGUACCCCUGCUCCAAGGCCAAGGCGCCCAGUCACAAGUACAGCGCCCACAGCAGCCAUGUGACCAACGUCAGCUUCACGCACGACGACGGCCACCUCAUCUCCACUGGCGGGAAAGACAUGAGCAUCAUCCAGUGGCGGCUGGUGGAAAAGCUGCCCCUCCCGCCCAGCGGACCUGUGGUUGCCGACCCACCUACUGCCAGAGCACCCGAAAGCAAGAGCCAGAGCCCAGAGCUGCCUGCGGGGCCCCUGGCUGAGGCUGAGGAGGACAAGCCGAGUGGCCUCCCUGCACCCGUGGAGAACAGCCUGGAGCCGCCCACAGAGCCCAGCCAAGAGGGUGGCGAGGACCCGGGUGACGAGCCGGCCUUGGAGCCCAAUGAGGAGCAGAGUGGAGAGGGUGGCGAGGACCCGGGUGCCGAGCCGGCCUGGGAGCCCAGUGAGGUGCUAGGGACAGUCACUGGUCCCCAGGACCAGAGCGAGACACCCCCACUGCCCUGAGCCGCCACGUGGUCGGGACAGAGUUCCGAGAGCCAGGCAGCAGAGCUGGGGUUCAGCUCGCUGUGUUGAGAACGGCAAAGCGGGAUACCGCCAAGCUCUCAGAAGUGACUGUGCAAGGGUGGUGUGAAGACUGGAAAGGGGCUGCCGCUGCACUGGCCCACACUGAGACCCGCGUCUGAGCAGGCUCCUGGCAACAGUCGGCAGCAGCUCCACGGCAGGCUUCCCUGAAGCAGAAACAGAAACCAGAGAAAAUUGCUGCCCCUUAGCACCCUCUCACCCCGAGUGCCUGGUGCACCAGCCCUGCCCACCCCUGGCUGCCUUGGCAGGACUGAGAAUGCAAUGGUUUGUUAACGAGCUGUGGUGUAGGGGAAACCAAGGCUCAAGAGAAUGGCUCCUGGACGGACCCGAGCUUCCCGGGCUCGUAGUCAAGCAAAUGGAAGGAAAACGCCGCAUGCCUAUAAAACUACAACAGCGGGCUAAUUUAGCUCAGCCUUCAUUGUGAGUUGUUCCCUCUAACGAGAGAUAUAUGCAGAGCUUACAUGAUUAGAUCGGUGCUUGAAAUUUAUCCAUUGUGAUUUUUUUAUACAGAUUAUCUUGAGCAAUGAGAUACUCAGCAAAUUGCAAGUUCCUUUUUAUAGAUGUGUGAAGAACAGCCACGGUGAUUGUUUUUUUUUUAUCAAUCGCAUCCCGGACGGGCCAGCCUUCUGCACGCAUCGGCCAGAGUGGCCACGCUGCCCGCUGAGCCGCAGUUCACCAUGCGCCCGUGCCAGUCGGGGUGAUGCAUUGGAUUACGCAUUUUACUAGUUUAAGUUUUGUCAGACUAUUUUUUUCUAUGUGUUUCCUACUUUAAGAAUUACUGAGAAUAUGCAUUUCCUAUGUACUUGUUUUUACUUUGAUUAUAAAAGAAACCUUUGUUUUGACUUA